GAGAACUGAAAAACCCUAGUUUUGCUGGUCUUCUAUCAUUGGAAAUGACCGCCGAAGCCGUGAAUCCGAAAGCAUACCCGCUGGCCGAUGCCCAGCUUACAAUAACCAUAAUGGACCUUAUUCAACAAGCUGCGAACUACAAACAGCUCAAAAAGGGUGCUAAUGAAGCUACCAAGACCCUGAAUAGGGGCAUUUCAGAGUUUAUAGUAAUGGCAGCCGAUACGGAGCCGCUUGAAAUUCUUCUCCACCUUCCUCUACUCGCCGAAGAUAAGAAUGUGCCGUAUGUAUUUGUACCUUCUAAGCAAGCCCUUGGCAGAGCAUGUGGAGUCACUAGACCAGUGAUUGCUUGUUCUGUGACAAGCAACGAGGGAAGCCAGUUGAAAUCUCAAAUACAGCAAUUGAAGGAUGCGAUUGAAAAACUCCUAAUCUGAAAUAUUGAAUGAUGCCAUUUUGGCAUAAUGGGCCUCUCAGAUCCUGUAACUCAUCCAGUGAAGGCCAGG